UACGUCAAACGACGAAGCUAACAACAAUGGCGUCGCCGGCGACGGCAACAACCAUGAUCACGACGCCGACGACGACGAGGGUUGCCACUCUCAACCCAAACAACCUCUUUCCUCAUUCUCUCUCCUUCCCCCCUUUCAGCUCCUUCAACACACGCCUUCUACUCACCACACGCACAAUGGCCACUCUUCUCGGCCCACCGGAACUCUACGCCGGUAAACCAACCACCGCCACCACCACCGCGUCUGACCCCUUCAUUGACCUAAUGGUUGCCAAUUUCAACACCUUGUCAACCAAACCCUUACCCCCAAUGGGGUUUACAGAGAACAAUUCUCCUACAUUCCUCUCCUCCGGGAACCCUUGUCUCGAUUUCUUCUUCCAUGUCGUUCCCGAUACUCCCCAUCAAACCAUCACCCACCUCCUCCAAUUGGCCUGGUCGGAGAACCCUCUUACCGCACUCAAACUCGUCUGCAACCUCCGUGGCGUUCGCGGCACCGGUAAGUCUGACCGUGAAGGCUUCUACGCCGCCGCGCAUUGGCUACACAACCACCACCCCAAAACGCUAACCUCCAACCUCCCCAGCCUCGCUGAGUUUGGUUACUUCAAGGACCUGCUUGAGAUCCUCUACCGGGUUCUUGAAGGUCCUGAUGUCCGUGAAACCCAGAAGGAAGAGAGGUACUGCUAUGGAAGCAGAGAAUCCAGAGAUCCACCACCAAUCUUUGGAAUGAGAAAUGCAAGACGGGAACAAGACAAGAAGAAGGACAAGAGUGAGGAGUCUUUGGAGAUGGAUGCUGAGGCUGAGAAAGAGAGGCGUCAUGCUGCGAGGGAAGAGAAGAGGCUUGCCAUGGCAAAGAAGCUUCUUGAUCGUUACAAUAGUGACCCCGUUUUCCAGUUCCUGCACGAUCGCGUCUCUGAUCACUUUGCUGAGUGCCUCAAGAGAGAUAUGGAGUUUUUGAGUUCUGGGCAGGUGACAAAAAUCAGUCUUGCUGCCAAGUGGUGCCCUUCUCUUGAUUCUUCCUUCGACCGGUCGAUAUUGCUGUGUGAGAGUGUGGCAAGGAGGCUGUUUCCUCGGGAGGAGUAUGAGGGGGUGGAGGAGGCGCAUUAUGCUUAUAGGAUUCGUGAACGUUUGAGGAAGGAGGUGUUGGUGCCCUUGAGGAAGGCGCUGGAGUUGCCUGAGGUGUACAUUGGUGUUAAUAGAUGGGACUUGAUUCCUUACAACAGGGUUGCCUCUCUGGCUAUGGAGUUUUACAGCGAGAAGUUUCUGAAGCAUGAUAAGGAGAGGUUUGAGAAGUACCUGGAGGAUGUGAAGUCAGGGAAGGCCACUAUUGCAGCUGGUGCUUUGCUUCCCCAUCAGAUUAUAAAGUCAGUGUGGGAUGGAGAUGGUCGGGAGGUGGCUGAGCUGCAGUGGAAGAGAAUGGUGGAUGACUUGCUCAAGGAAGGGAAGAUGAAGAAUUGUAUUGCUGUGUGUGAUGUGUCUGGGAGUAUGGAUGGGACCCCCAUUCAGGUGUCUUUGGCAUUGGGGAUGUUGGUGUCUGAAUUGAGUGAGGAACCUUGGAAGGGAAAGUUUAUUACUUUCAGUGAGAGACCUCAGCUUCAUUUGAUUAAAGGGGAUAAUCUUCAUUCCAAGACAAGGUUUAUGGAGGACUUGGAAUGGGACAUGAACACUGAUUUCCAGAAGGUGUUUGAUCUCAUAUUGGAGGUGGCUGUCAAUGGGAACCUGAAGGAGGAUCAAAUGAUUAAGAGGGUAUUUGUAUUCAGUGAUAUGGAGUUUGAUGAAGCUUCGGCGAACCCUUGGGAGACUGAUUACCAAGCAAUCACUAGGAAGUACAAUGAGAAAGGCUAUGGUUCUGCCGUGCCUCAGAUAGUUUUUUGGAAUCUGAGAGACUCCAGGGCUACCCCAGUGCCAGCCACUCAGAAAGGAGUGGCACUGGUAAGUGGGUUUUCAAAGAAUUUACUGAAAUUGUUCAUCAACAAUGAUGGGGAUUUAUGCCCCGAAGAAGCCAUGGAAGCUGCCAUUUCUGGUCGAGAAUAUCAGAAACUAGUUGUGCUGGAUUAAUUUUCAGUUCCUUCUGUUUACAUAAUGAAACAUUAAUAUUGGAGGAAUGAAAUUAGAUGAUACUGUUUAUGAAGUACAGCUUGAUUAGAUUAUCGGAAACAGUUUCAUGAAUGUUUUGUUUAUAUAAUUGUUGAUAUUAUCUUACUUGUAGAGUUAUGAUCUCUGGAUUCUUCUUCAAUAGAAAUGG